GGGACCACUCAGCCACUGUUGUGUUGUGGUUGAGUGCUGGGAGGAUGAGCGUGUUGUCUGUCCAGCUCUAGUGGUGCUACUACUGCAACUUGAACACAACAACUACAAUUAAUAAGCCUCAGUGACAAUUUAUCGACUAACUUUCUGUAUCCAACCAAUGAAAACUGAUACUGUGGUGGAUUUCACAGGUAGUGGAUGAAGCAUCAGCAAGUGGUUUGGCCUGGCCUUGUGGACGCGUGUGUUACCACUACGUCUGUGGGCGUGUGUGUGUGUAAGGGAAUCCCAGCAGACUCUAAUUCUCAUUCAUUCAUCAUGAGUUGACAAGAUAAAAUGCAACAUCAGCCCAGCCUAGACUGAUUAACUACUCCAGCAUCAUGGCCUCAUGGGUGUUUCCUGUACUGGCUUUCAUCUUGUGCUCUUGGAUAUCUGGGGGUUAUGCCAAUGUGAUACCAUGUGGUCAGUGCAUGGGGAUUGGCAAUAAUAAAAUGAACUGUCCAGAUAUGCGUAACCCAGAGAGAAUCAUCGUCAGUAUAAGUGAUCAUAAGGACUAUCCACAAAGUGUGCUUCACCUCCUUUGCCGUUCUGAAGCAAAACAUAUCAACUUUUCACUCAUUGAGGAAUGUGAUUUUUCAGCUAUCAGAUAUAUUGAAUUUAAAAUAUGCCCAUUAUUCAAUAGGUCUUUCAGUGAAGUUUUUCUUCAAAUUGGCAUAAAUCCUGAAAAUGUUACUACACUGAUAUUCUAUAACGUUGGUCUUCGGCAAGAUGAAUUACAAGAGUGGCACCUUCAAGGCCUGCCCAACCUUAAGAAUUUAGAUUUUACAGGCAAUAAAUUCACCAGUAUACCACCAAACUUAUUUGAAGCAACUCCUAAAUUGCAAUAUUUUAGUUUUACCGGUAAUAAUGUGGAAAUGAUCCCAGAAUCUUUAUUUAAAAGUACACCAAACCUUACAGUACUUCGUCUUACUGAGAAUGGAUUAACUAGAUUGCCUAAUGGUAUAUUUUCAGAUCUCUCUAAAUUAACAAACCUAAGCCUAUGGGAUAAUAAACUAGUUGAAAUUCACCCAGAGUUAUUAUCAAAUUUUUCUCAACUGUUGUCUCUUGAACUGUCACAUAACAAAAUAUCACAUUUCGAUUCAAGUGUGUUUUCCAGUCUUCCAAACCUGAGACAGAUUUUACUCAAUUCAAAUUCACUUGAAAAUCUCCCUAAGGAUGUUUUUCAUGAUUGUCCAGAGUUGAUACAUGUUAGAAUUGAGUUCAACAGGCUUAAGUCUCUUCCCUCUGAGCUUUUCAAGGCAUCCAAGAAACUACAAUACUUGAAUUUAAAUAAUAAUUGGAUUACCAACAUCCCAGGGGGCAUAUUUCAAGGCCUAAAAGAUUUAAUAAAUAUUAGAUUUAAUAAAAAUGCUCUGGAGAGUUUGCCAUCGGGUGUGUUCUCUGAUUUGGUAAAUCUUAAGUUGCUAGAUCUUCAGUCAAACCUGUUGUCAGAUCUCCCACCCGGCUGUUUUGAUAAUCAACGAAAUAUGAAAACAUUAAUCCUACAUAAUAAUAGCCUGAGUGAGUUACCAGAAGAGAUUUUUAAAAACUGUCAAGAUCUAGAGAAACUUUAUCUGGGCUUCAACAACAUCAGUGUCCUCCAUAGCUCUGCCUUUCCACAUCCAAAAUCUGCCCUUCAGAUUUUAGAUUUGCAAAGAAACAAUAUAUCUUUUUCUUCACCCAGAAGUGACUUGCCACAGGCCUCUCAACAAAUCACAGUCGAAGAACAUUUUCCUCUUUCUGGGCAAAAAAGUCUGACUGAAUUGUUUCUAAAUGAUAACAAAAUCUCUGCUGUACCACAAGCAUUUGGCACCAAUUUUCCAAAUGUGACAAAACUAAAUUUGAAUGGAAAUAUCAUUGAAUAUUUGGACUACAGGGAUCUGUCAUUCAAAUCAGAUAAUUUAGAAGUUAAUUUGGGAAAAAAUAAGAUCAAAAGUGUUUCUCUCCAAGAUGUGGAUUAUAUUUCUUCUGAGAAAGUUGUGUCUGUAUAUCUAGAAGGUAAUCCACUAGUCUGUAAUUGUGACAUUUACCAGUUUGCAAGAUUGUUACAAAGAAGAUCUUUUGAAGAGAUGCAAGAUAUAUUCCAGCUCAAUGUUUUAGAUAGUGGGAAAAUAAAAUGCUCAUAUCCAGAACAGAACAGACAAGUUAAUGUUGCAAAUGUGAACACGGAAACUCUAAAAUGCAAGCUUCAGGAAUGCCCAGCCAGUUGCACCUGUUUUGUACGAUCUCACGAUAAGAUGGUCAUCAUCAACUGUGCCUAUCAAGGACUACAAGCCAUACCAAAGCUGAAAAGUGACUUUUUACCCAAGGAAAAUUAUUCUAUAACUUUAGAUUUAAGAAAUAACACCAUCAGAAGUUUGAAAGGCAUACAAGACCCAGAGUAUUCUGCUCUUGUGAAUUUGUCGAUGCCAUAUAAUAAACUUGUGUUCGACAAUGACACCAUCUUUCCUGAAAAUUUACAGGUUCUAGAUAUUCGUGGUAAUAACUUGACAACUCUUCCAAAAUCAUUUUUGGUAUAUUUGAACACUACAGCCAUUGUUCUUAGCCUAGGGAACAAUCCCUGGCUUUGUAACUGUGAUCUUGUUGACCUGCAUAACUUUCUCCGGGAUCCCACAAGAGAGGUAAUUGACUCCCAUAACAUUUUCUGCAACACUAAAGAGGAACUUCUGAUUGAAAUCUCAGAAGAAGAGCUAUGCCCCAUUUUUCAGCAGCCUUUGGUCAUAGCAACUGUUUCAUCCAUCAUUGUUGUCCUGUUCCUCUUCUUUGUGCUUGGAACUGUAAGUGUGUACAAGUACAAGCGGGAUAUCAAGGUCUGGUUAUUCACACAUCGCUUAUGUCUAUGGGCUAUUGCAAAAGAGGAAGAAGAUGCAAAUAAAAAGUAUGAUGCUUUUAUCAGCUAUUCUAAUAAGGAUGAAGAUUUUGUGAAUACAAAAUUGGUGCCUGGCCUAGAAUCUGGCGAUCCUAAAUAUCGAAUAUGUCUCCACUACCGUGACUGGGUCCCUGGGGAGUUUAUCCAAAACCAGAUUGACCAGAGCAUUGAAGCAAGUCGCCGCACAAUUGUGAUUCUGUCCUCUAACUUUAUAGAAAAUGUUUGGGGACACCUGGAGUUUAAAACUGCCCAUUCCAAAGCACUUAAAGAUAAAACCAAUAGGAUUAUUGUUAUUGUUUAUGGAGAGUUGCCACCAGAAUCAGAACUUGAUGAAGAACUCAAGCUGUACCUUUCCACACGGACAUAUCUCCAGUGGGGUGACCCCAAGUUCUGGGAGAAGUUACGUUAUGUAAUGCCACAUCCACAGGAAUUCGUUCUUAAAAAACUAAAGCAAGGUAAACACACUGAUAAACUAGAACUUGUUAAAUCAAAUUUAAAAGUAAACACUUGAAUCAGAUCCACAUUUACUGGUUAUAGUGAUGGAAAAUUCAGUACUACUCCAUAAAGUCAGUGUUGUCAAAGACAAAUAAAACUUGACUGCUGAUGCAUUAAAACUUAACUUUGUUGACCCCAAUGGACAACUCUAAUGUUAGGGUUAUGCAAUAAUGUCUCCAUGCAUUUUCUGAAAUUGUGUUGAAAAGUGGUGUAAAUACAUUUACAGAAAAAUUUUUCUUGCUAAUUUUGAGCAUUUUAAUUUAAGACUUGAAAUUUUGAAAAGAUGUGUGAACUGCUAAAGACAUUGAUCAAAACAUAAUCACAGUGUGAUGGAAAGUAGAAAAACCUUUUAACCUUCAGAUAGUGAGGCUGCAGAUGAACUGAAGCCUUUCAUAAGAUUUUUUUCUAUAAAGAUCUGGGGGGAUAUAUUUUUAUAGUUAAUUUAUGUCCAUCAACCGCCACCACCAUAUGGAACAUGAUGAAGUAGCAAUACUUCUAGAUACUCUAUUGUGAAGUCUAAUUGUUACCCACAUUUCUGUGAACAUUUGGUAUACAGUAAACCCGAUAUAAUGGACACUGUCAAUAAUGGACCUCAGCUUUAACGGACACUCGUGAUCCGUUUGAAUUAGGUUCAUAUAUUACAGAGUGGGAUCCAUUAUAGUAAAAAAAAAAUUUUUACUGGUCCAUUAAGGUAAAAAAAACUUGCAGAAUGAGGUCCAUUCGUGUCCAAAUUAUCAAUUAAUUACAGUACUAGCCCAUUUAGCACCACCCAAUAUAACAUUUGUUUGUUAUAGAGCUUUUUGGCCCUCCUGUAUUCUCGCAGCCAAUCGCCACUCUUCUCCUUGUGUAAAAAAAUUUCUUGGUAGCAUUCAAGUCGCUUCACACACUCGUUCUUUAUAUGAACGAUUCCCCAUAUUUUAGCAAAUAUUUAUAACCACUUACAACCAACCAAUACCGUACGUGUUACUAAAGCGUAGUGACUUUUUUUUUCUGCUAGCCUGCCACUCUGUUGCCCCACUUUGAAUGCAUUCUCAUCCUGUAAACACCAGUUGGUGGUGGUAAGUGAUGUUGAUGAGUGUUGGUGAAUAUUAGUGGUGAUGGAGAAUGUUAGAGGUGAUGGAGUGUCACUUUGGACUAUGUUGAUAUGUAACAGACUGAGUCCGUUAUUAUUUCAGAUUUAACGGACUGACCUCCCCCUCCCCAAUUAGUUUGUUGUAUGGAAGUGUAUAUUAAAAACAAACUCUAGGGUUUCAGAUAAUUGUUAAUUGAAAUUUUGGGGGGGGGUCUUUUUAUGUAAUUUCAACUCAUGCAAACUUUAAGGUCAGGGAUUUUUGAAAAUAGCCAAAAUAAGACUACAAAAUGUGUAUGAUCUAUGGGGAUAAAAUUUAUUUAAAUGUUUUAGAAAAUAUAAGCAGUAAGAAUGGAUUUCACAAUGCAUUUCAUAAAUUGCAUACAGUAAAAAAAUACAGUAUUUUACCAGAUAUAUGAACAGGAUAAAAUAGUGAUAUUUGAUGUGUUCAGAGUUCUGUACAUAAAGAUAAUAAGAAAACAGCAGGUCAUUUGAGAAAGGUGGAUUUGAAACUAAAGGUACACUUGCUACAGAAAGUAUAUACAAGGUGGGGUCUGAUGGAUGUCAAAAUGAACACCGACUCCUGUCAUCUCGGCAGAGUUGUCAAAAUCCUUCGUCUGUUGUCAUAUAGUCAAGCCAAAAAAAAUUGCAGAUAAUUUUUGUAUCGAGUGUACUAGCAGGAUAUGAUCAUGUGUUCAAAUAAUGUUUUGUAUAGAUGUUUGCUGUAAAGUAACAAAUGAUGUACUGAAUGUAUAUGAAUACAAUAAAUAAUACAGUAUUGCA